AUGAUCCUCGCUAGUGCCUAUGCAAGCGGAUCUCUCGCCGGCACCCUUGAGAUCAUUGAUAUUGAUGGUCAAUGCGCGAUAUGGUCCUAUGACAACCAUGGCUGCACGGGAUCUUCGGAAUUCUUUAGCAAACUUGACGGAGAUGACUGUGCAAAUUUGCGCGUCAAGACCGGCACCCCUCAAGGUUACCCUGUGAGUGGCGUGGGGGCUUGUGGCACGGAAAAAAAUUCGUCAGUUGCAUGGAUUGAGGUGGAACAUACUGGCCUGGUCAGCUUCUUCAAUUACCAAGGCGACAAGUCAGCAUGCGUCCUCCGCUUUGACGACACCGAGUUCUUCGUCAUCAAUCUCGGAGUCAUCGUCGACUACCUCCCAGACCGCACCUUCUUCUGA